AUGGCAUAAUAUGUCAAGACAUGACAAAAUAUCUCGAUAGUCUAGAGUUGACUUGAUGAUUUCUGAGAUUAAUAAUAAUUAAUUUAAUCACAAAAGAAAUCUAUCAAAAGAUAAGCCCUCACCGGACAAACUUAGACAAGUCAUUUUGGGCACACACCGGACAUUGGCUAAAUUCCGGAAGAGCCAUCACAGAAGAAAUCAAUCAAACAAAUCUAUCUAAAUCUGAAUAUUAUGGGGCACCAACUCAGCACUGUGUUCACUGGUUUGGGAAGAUUCUUCGAGUAUCCUGUGAAAAGGAAACCCAUAUGUUUCUACCGCCAGGAGGAUUUUACUGCGACAGGAGAGCCUGUAAAAAGAGCCACCGAGCUUCCACAGGCGGCGAUGACAGAUUAUGACAAUUUGGUCGAUUUGUUCUACAAGAGAUUGUCGGAGCAGCGUCAGUACAAUCAAGAGAUGAAGGAGCAAGACCGUCGUUGGAGUAUGCAAAAGGUGGUGCAGCGGUUCCCGGGUUGGAACGAAGUCACAAUCGCUAACCUGCACAGCCUCUUUUUGUUGUUCGACAACCAGACCAAUGGAAUGCUCGGCUUCGAAGAUUUUUGCGCAGUACUCGAGAGUUUGGGUGAUGAGAGCUCUAUGGAGUAUCGAAAAGAGAAAUUCACAGCAUCAGACAUCGAUAACGACGGCUGGAUAACAUAUGACGAAUUCUUAUCGCUGGUCUACAACUUUAGUCCAAUGGAGAAUGGUCAGUUAUCGGGCUUAGCGCAUCUUUGCAACGAGGUAGCGGAUAACAUACAGUUCGUCAGUAAUUUGACGGUAGGAGAACAAUUAGAGUACGGUUUAUUUUAAAUCAGUAAAGCCUUAUUACCAA